AUGCGCUUCUUACUUUCGACUACCAUCUUUGGCCUCCUUCUCUUCUUGAGUGGCUUUGUCCACAGCGCUGCAACAGACAUUGAUGCACUGUCGCUAGCAGAGCGUUCAGGUACCUCUGAAAUCGUCCGUCGCGGAUGGAAGUUCAAGAGCAUCUUUAAAGGCAAGAGCAGCAAAGGUUCUAGCUCAGCCCAGCCAGAACAAGAAGUCGAGUCCGAAUCAGACAAUGAAGAGCAAACGGCUGCAGCCGAUCUAAGCGACGCCGAAGAUGGCCGUGUGCCUGAUAUCACAAAGAGAGGCUACAUCUUCCAAGCUCACCGCCGUUCGGACUCUGUGAGGGUCGAUGUCGGCGUCAUGAUUCCUUCGCCCCAGGACUGGAAGCCCGACAUGUUCUGGAGCAUGGAUGACAUGGCUGUGUAUCCAAGCGAGAACGAAAUCAGAGUGUUCAACGCGAUCAACGAAGACGACCCCACGCCGGAGCCGCGCAAAUGUCGUUUCCGGACCAUCAUGAUGGCCACUUGGAAGGAAUACUCGAACAAAUACGUCUCGGAGCUCGAAUAUGUUAGCUUUGCCAGCAUCACGAACGAAGACGCACUAGAGUCGAUCAAGCAGGCAUACUUGUGGAUGGAUAGAAGCCAGGAUGCGGGCGAACCAAAUGAACUCCAGAUCGACAAGACUGAGGAGGGAACCGAUGAGCGGAAGGCAUUCAACUGGCUCGUGAACCAGAAUCCGCUUGGCCGCGCUGUUCGAGGCAUUCCGUCAACCUUCACCGCGAUGGACGAUAAGGAAAUUGACCGCGUGGAUCUCUGGACCAGUAACGGAAGUAGAUACAUCCGCUACCGGCUUCGUUGA